CGCCAUUCAUUCGCUUCGGCUGGCCAGCAGCGCUUGGACAUAGUGUAUCAUUCCUCGAGCAUGACGUCGCACCACCACCGCUCCGGGCCGCUCAAGCAGAAGAACAAGAAGCACAAGACUGGACGCCAUGACUCCAAGACGCUACUGGCGCGACGCUCUGGCGGCAAGGUCGAAGGCCGUCGAUCCAGCGUGCGCAGCACCGGCUCAAGCAUCGGGAGCAUGAGCUUGUCGGGCCAGAAAGCUGCCCGUCUGCAACGCCAGAAGCACUUGCGCGAUAACAAGCGCGAAGAAUUGCUGCUGCAACGUCGCUUUGGACUGGGCGGUGCGCUCGGCCCUCCCAAGAUUGUGGCCCUGGUGGCCCUCAGCGACUUGGCCAACUUGGCCGACGUGCAGCAGAGCAUUCUGGAAGGCGCGUCCAGCGUGGAGGAACCGGCCCAAGACGCUAUCGGUCUCAAGAACUGCACCGUCGGCGUCUUCAGCCAACACAAACAGAAAUUGUGUGUCAUUGACUGCGGCUGCAAUCUGCUCGUGACUCUGGACGCGGCCAAGGUGGCUGACGUUGUGGUGUUCGUGCUGUCCGUGCACAACGGUGCGGACGGCGGCCUGAGCGAGGAAGGCGUCAAGAUCGUGUCGGCCGUGCGUGCGCAGGGCCUGCCGACUACGGUGGGUGUCAUUCAGGGGCUGGAGAAGCACACGGCCAAGGGACAGGCCGAGCUCAAGAAACUAGGCAACAAGUUCUUUGCCACGGAGUUCGGCGAGAACGCUAAGGUGGCGCUGUCCAAUGUGCCCGGCCAGUUGUCUCGCGUGCUGAUUACGCUGUCGCCCAAGGUUAUUCACUGGCGUGAGGCGCGCUCGUACAUGCUGGCCACGACGGCCACGUUCGUGCCCGGCACGGAAUCGCAGAACGAGAAGGGAGAACAGGUCGGCGAGCUGCAGGUGAACGGAUACUUGCGCGGCAAGCCUUUAUCGGUCAACCAGCUGAUCCACAUCACCGACGUGGGCACGUUCCAGAUGAGCCGCAUCACCCGUGCGGCGGCGCGUCAGGUGCAGCACGGAAAGUUGGAUGCUGACAUGAGUGCCAAGCCUCCAGUUGCUCCGACGGCUGCUGGCCAGGAUGAGGUAUUGGUGCUGGCCACGGCCGACCCUGCUCUUCAAGAGGACCUUCGUUUCGAGGCCGAGUACGACCCGUUCGCGUCGGAGCAGACGUGGCCGACGAACGAGGAAAUCGCUGAAGCCGAAGCCGAGGCCAAGAAGCAGCGCCAGGCGGAAACUGCUGCCAACAAGGGUGCUUCUAGCUACCAGGCUGCAUGGCUCGAUGGAGAUGACGAGGAGGACGAAAUGAAGGAUGAAGAGGACGAGGAAGACGCCGCAGUUAAUCAGGACUUCUGUAAAACUGGGGAUGAUGACGAUGAUGAUGACGACAUGUUCAUGGUGGACGAUGACUAUGUUGAUCAGGCCCAGAAGCGCAAGGAUGAAGAGGAAAACAUGACGUUCCCGGACGAGGUGGACGCUCCUGUGGACCAGCCCGCUCGUGUGCGUUUCGCCCGAUACCGCGGCAUGAAGUCGCUGCGCACGAGUGCUUGGGACCCGAAGGAGUCGCUUCCUUCGGACUAUGCUCGUCUGUUCCAGUUCGAGGACUUUGCUAUGGUGCAGCGUCUUGCCCUUGCGCGCGGCAAGGAUGCCGAAUGUGCCAUGAAGGACCAGCUGCGUCGUAAGUCCAAGAGUCAGCAGACUCGUUCACGUGCUUCGUCGAUGGCCAUGGAAGACGUGGAGGACUCUGCGUCCGUCGCGUCAUCUCUUGCCAGCGAGGCUCUGCCGAACGAAUUCGGUGAGAUGGGAUACGUGCCGUCCGGUGUCUACGUGACUCUGCACCUUAAAGCUGUACCUGUGGCUAAGCUACAGGCACGUAUCCAGGCUGGUCCUCUUGUCAUGGGCGCACUGCUGAAGCACGAGAACCGACUGAGUGUGCUUAACUUUUCAGUGCAGCGCGCUUCGUCCUUUGCGGGCGAGACACUCAAGUCUAAGGAGGAGCUGUCCUUCCACUGCGGAUUCCGACGAUUCUCAGGCAAGCCUGUUUUCAGCGAUCAGAGCUUGAAGAGCGACCAGCAUCUGUUCCAGCGUUUCCUCCCGCAAAGUGGCUGGAGUGUGGCCACCGUGUACGGCCCCGUGACAUUCCAACCUGCUUCACUGCUGCUCUUCAAGCCUGACGGCCAGCUCGUGGCUUCUGGCACGCUAAAGAACGUGAACCCGGACCGCGUUGUGCUUAAGCGUGUGAUCGUCACAGGCACGCCGGUGAAGGUGAAGAAGCGCAAGGCUGUGGUUCGAUACAUGUUCCACUCGCCGGAGGACAUUCGGUGGUUUAAGCCAGUGGAGCUCGUGACCAAACACGGCCUCACCGGCCACAUCAAGGAGUCUCUGGGUACGCAUGGUGAUCUGAAGGCUGUUUUCAACAAGCCCAUCAAGCAGCACGACACCGUGUGCCUCCACCUAUAUAAGCGCGUGUACCCCAAGUUCCCGACCAUGAACCCUCUGUCGAAUUAGAUCAACAGAGUCAGUACGUUUGCCCCUCAUGCAUCAUAUACGAAGCUAAGUUUACUUCAAGACAGCUUGCAUGUGUUCAAGAUGACAGAUCUGCAUUAUGUAGAUAUUUCCUAUCCUACUAUCCACUCCACAAGAAUGGCGGCUACAGUUCCUUCAGCCUUAUUCACGCCGUCGUUUGGUCGCUGGGGCGUCGCCGGCACCAGCUUCGUUGCCAUUCUCCUCCCGUUGACGCGUACGGCCACGACGGCUGGAAGAGUUGUCUCCUUCAGUCCAGCACAGCAGACUAUCGACAGCAAAGAUCGCGAUGUGCUCGUUCAUACCGAGCCACGCAAGAAGUCCUCGCAGCAAACACUUCAAGCGCUCGUCGCUGUCAUCUUCAGAUUCCGUCGAGUCACCUCUCGCGUAGGUCCGUAG